AUGGCUGCCCCGCGCCCAUACAACAACAGCAACAACCCAGGCUACAUGCCUAAUGGAGCUUCCUCGAUCCCUCCUGGAGCCGCACCGCUCCUCCCCAACCAGGGACGUGUUAUCCAGACUGGCCCCAUCCGAGUUCUGUGCAUAGCUGAUGUUCGAGGAAAUCUCACAUCCUUGAACGAUCUGGCGAGACAAGCACGAGCCGACCACAUCAUCCACACUGGCGACUUUGGCUUCUACGACGACACCUCCCUGGAGCGAAUCGCAGAAAAGACCCUCAAGCAUGUUGCCCAGUACUCUCCCCUGAUCUCCGAGCCCGUCAAGAAGGCGAUCCAGCAGGGCGGCCCCGGACCCGUCAAGAGCCGAUUCCCCGCAAACGAGCUCCCCCUUUCCGAACUUCCUCUACUCCUGAGCGGCGAGAUCAAGCUUGAUGUUCCCGUAUACACUGUCUGGGGUGCUUGCGAAGAUGUCCGCGUUCUCGAGAAGUUCCGAUCCGGAGAGUAUAAAGUACAGAACCUGCAUAUUAUCGACGAGGCCCGUUCGAUGCUCCUUGAGCUCGGUGGAGUGAAGCUGCGCCUCCUGGGCCUCGGCGGCGCCGUUGUCAUGCACAAGCUCUUUGACAAUGGCGAGGGUAGAACCACAAUUGCCGGAGGCCAGGGAACCAUGUGGACCACCCUCCUGCAGAUGGGCGAACUCGUCGACACUGCCCACCGAGUCUACGAUCCUACCGAAACUCGCGUCUUCAUCACCCACGCUUCUCCCGCACGCGAGGGUAUCCUGAACCAGCUCUCCGUCACCCUCAAGGCCGACUUCUCCAUUUCUGCAGGACUUCACUUCCGCUACGGCAGCUCCUACAACGAGUUCAGCGUAAACCCCACUCUCGAUCACUACCGCGGUAAGCUCGCCGCCUCCAAGGCGUCUUUCAACGACGUCUGGGAGACUGUCAAGAACGAGGUUGAGCCUGCAAUCUCCCAAAACGAGGCGCAACAGAACCUGCUCAAGAACGCUCUCCAGAUCGUCGAGAAGAUGCCUACCACUGCCGCCGGCGGUAACCCCUUCGGCGGUCCUGUUGCCGGCCAGGCGCAGCUCGGUCAGGUUGACGAGAGUGCCUUCAAGAACAUGUGGAACUUCAACCUGGCAGAUGCCGCAUUUGGCUGGUUGGUGCUCGAGAUCCAGGACGGUCGCAUUGGAACCGAGAUGCGCGCUCAGGGCUUCAACUUCUCACAUAGAGGCGCCAAGGCUGCCGCGCCUGUUCCCUCGGGACCCUCUGGCGCUGGCAACUUGCCCGCCCCGGCACCGCCCUCGACGCAGACCACGGCUCCCCCGCCUACCAGCAGACAGCCCUCAUCGCAAGCACCCCCCAAGCCUGCCGUUGCAACACCUCUGCCGCCUACUAAGCCUGCGACGCCUCAGCCUGCUGCCACUCCUGCGCCGCCCGCCGUGCCCGCCAAGGACGAGCGUCCUGCUCCCGCUAACGGUUCGGCCCAUGGUCCAGACCCUGUCUCCUCACCUGCCCCCAAGACGCCUGCUCAAGAUAUAAUUGGUCUGUUCAUUAUGAAUGUCAGUUCCGACGAGCAGACGCGCGAGCUUUUUGACGGCGAGCACAGAAACAACAUCCUGAAAAUCGAGAAGUGGGGUAACUCGAACAAGGUUGUCCAGUUCAAGACCGUCGAGGACCGCGACGCCGCUCUCAACAGCCUGCCCGAGGACCUCAAGACCCGUGCGCAAGAGGACCGGUCCCGCCCCCUAGUUAAGGUCUUCCAGCACCGUGAGAGCAAGUUUCAGCCCCGCGGUGGUGCUGGCAACUGGGGAAGCAGCAGAGGUGGAGGCAACUCGGCAAACACGGGCAGCGGCUACCGUAGCGCAGGUGGCGCCAGUGACUCUGAGAGCACCCGCCGUGGUGGCCGUGGUGGUGGCCGCGGCGGUCGCGGAGGUGAGCGGGGACGUGGCCGUGGCCGAGGUGGACUCAAGGGCGAAGGUGGUGCCUCGCCUGCUCCUGGCCCCGCCACUCCAGCGGAGUAG